CAAAUCAACAACAUUCAAGUAAACCCCAUAUUCCAUAAUUAAAGAUAGAAAAAAAAAAGUAGUUUGUACCAAAAUUUCUCUCCAAUAAAGAAAAGCAUCAGGUGCUUUUGAUUUGAUUUGAUUUUGUAUGUUUUUUCUUUCUUUUUGAUUAAUCUAAGAAACACUCACUUCACUCAAAGAUAAUCAUGGAUAGUCUUAUUGAUGAAUACCCAAUUUACUGGGAAUCAGACAUCGGCAUGUACUUCCAAAGUCAAGAACUUGAUAAUAGUUGGGCAUUUGAAGAUACCAUAUCAUCUUACUAUGACUACGAUUCGAGCUCACCUGAUGGAAGUGCUUCUUCAAUGGCAUCUAAGAACAUUGUUUCGGAACGAAAUCGUCGUAAAAAGCUUAAUGAACGUCUUUUCGCUCUCCGAGCUGUUGUUCCCAACAUAAGUAAGAUGGAUAAAGCGUCAAUAAUCAAGGAUGCCAUAAACUACAUAAAAGAACUCCAUGAACAAGAGCGAAGAAUCAAAGCAGAUAUAUCCGACCUCGAGUAUCGAAAAUCGAAAAGCAAUGGUAAUGGUAAUGGUAAUGGUAAUGGUAAUGGCAAUGGCAAUGAGAAUUCAUGUUCAAUGAUGGAUUAUGAACAAGAGUUGCCUUCAUUACUAAUCAAGUCCAAGAAGAAAAGAAUUGAUCAUCGCAAACAAUACCAACAACAACAACAUUAUGAUUCCAACGGUAGUUGCAGAUCAUCUGUCAUUAAUGACUUAGAAGUGAGGGUAUCAUACGUGGGGGAAAGAACAAUAGUAGUGAGCUUGACGUGCAGUAAAAGAGAGGGCACAAUGGUAAAAUUGUGUGAGAUGUUUGAAUCUUUAAAGCUUAAAAUUAUUACAGCACAUAUCACUGCUUUUGCUGGAAGGCUUUUGAAGACAGUAUUUCUUGAGGCAGAUGAGGGGGAAAAGGAUCACUUGAGGAUAAAGAUAGAAACGGUGAUAUCAUCUUCUCAUAGCAUCUAACAUCACAGGGGAAAAAGAUCGGAUAACCCUUUUCUCUUGUUUUGUCUCUUUACCACUCGUUCGAAGUUUCAUUGCUAUUUGUUGCUAAAUUUUUUUUCUUGAGGUGGCUGCUUGUACGUAUUUCUUGUAUCCCUUGCUUUGUAAGUUGUAAAAGAAACAAAUGUCUUAUUGCUUGUGAGUUUGGGAAUUCGCUCAAGAAAAGUGGAUGUUUUCCCCUCAAAGAUUGGUGUGAUUAGCUCACACAGUGAAUAAACAUGGCUUCUGAGUUCUAACUUCUAA